AUGAGGAAUAUAACUAGAUUAGUAGAGUUGGGAGACCAAUUACCAAUCUCUGAAAUCACUCAUUUUACAGUAGAUAAUGUCAACUCUAUCAUUUACUUGAUCACUAAAUCAAACCUUUUCGUUGCCUAUAAUCCAACUUCUAAAAAGGUACAAAUACAAAUAGAAUUAAAUGGACAAGAUAUAUUGAGUGAAGGAGCAGAGAUUGUAUCAAUGCAAUUCAUUCCAGAUUGCGAGUCUGUAUGUGUAGCUAGUUCAAAGGGAGAUAUAUUAAUGUACAAUGUAGUGACGAGUCAAUUGGAAUGUGUUGGUAUCAUUGGGUCGGGUAUUGUGGCAAUGUCGUGGAGUCCCGACUAUGAACUACUCAUCUUGGCAACUGAAUCAAAUACACUUGUGCAAAUGACAAAGGAUUGGGAUAUUUUGAACGAGGUGGCAAUCGACUCGUUAUUGCCAGGCAACAAAUUAACUGCCAAUAUCAUCACCAACUCUAAUCUACCACAAGCACAAUACAGUAAAGCUCAAUUUGCACAAUCAACAUUGGAUAAACCAAACAACAACAAUGAAAAGACACAGUCGAUCAGUUUUACACCAAAGAUUAGUUGGAGAGGUGAUGGACAAUACUUUGUAUGUAGUGCAUACGAUGAAAAGAGCGGACGUGUAAUGCUAAAGUGUCAUAGCGCCGACGACCGAUUUGUCGCCAUGGCAUGGGACAAUGGCACGACACAGACGUUGCGAACUGUCUCGCGAAACGGUGUCUAUCAACAAUACACCUUUUGCUGGGACUAUGACGUAUCCAAGGGUUCGUCAGCUGCCAACCCAUCGUUGGUUGUGAUGGUCGAUGGCAAUACACUCAAAGUUACCCCCUUUAGACGUUUGGUCGUACCACCACCCCUCAGCGCCUACCAGAUUGGUUUGCCAGCUGCUUGCAGCGCCUUUGCAUUUAGUCAUGAUUUCAGUAUCGCUGUCUUGACCACCGACAAUACCAUGGCCAUCUACACACCGGCUACCCUCCCCCCUAUCCCCGCUGCCGGCGUCUCGCAACCCCUCCCCAACUAUUCCGUCGCACCAAAGUUGGUCGCAUCAAUCAAAGUCCCCGCAUCGACACUCCAACUCUGUCAUCUAAGACAUCUCACAUGGGUACCUGAAACCAACACACUCGUAGCAGUCGACAGUCAUAGUAAACUUGGUAGCGAUCAAAUUGUAGAGAUUAACUUUUCAAUCAACGAGCAAGUUUUGGUACUCGACCGCAUUCAUCGUACUACAACAAACUCUCAUAUUUUACGUCUAGUAUCAUACCAUUAUGACGGUGCACAAGCUACUCUACCAGCUGACGAGGAGGAGCAUCAGUUGCAUCCACUCGGUACCAAAGACAAGGUCAUCUUUGAAACGGUCGAUGGCAGUGUCUACGACUACCACCUCAUCAACAUGGGUGCUGUCGCAGCCAUCAACCCAUUCACAAUCGACCACGCUGCCUUUAAAUUUUCAACUCCAUGUGUCUGGAUAUCAUCGGCAAUUGUUGGUGGCGAGGAGAGUAUCAUUGGUUUGAACGAUCGUAACCGUCUCUACAUCAACAACACGCUUGUAGCACCCGACUGCAACAACUUUACUCUUCACAACAAGUUUAUCCUCUUUACCACCAUCUCUCAUCUCUUGCGAUCCGUCCCUCUGUCGUUGGCUGCCAGUGCCACCACUCCAGUCAUUACUGCCACCCAUCCACUCACCGGCAAGACAUCGACUGCCUAUGACGACUCUGUUCGUGAGGUUGAGCGUGGAGCGCGUGUCGUCUGCGCCGUCCCCCACGACACUCGUGUCAUUCUCCAAAUGCCUCGUGGUAAUUUAGAAGCCAUUGCACCACGUUCACUCACACUCUCAACUAUUCGUGAAAUGCUAGAUGCCCACCAAUACGGCAAGGCAUUUGCUACAAUGCGUCGUAACCGUAUCGAUAUGAACUUUAUCUAUGAUCACAACCCUCAAGAUUUCCUCAAACACAUUGAUAUCUUUAUUGAUCAAGUUCCACAAAUCGAUUUCCUCAAUCUUUUUAUCACCACUUUGCGUGAAGACGACACCACCAAGACACUCUUUGUUGAUUUGGAAAAACCAUCAUCUGCACCACAAAAGACAGUCACUGGUACCACUACAGCCAACAAGGAAUCAAAGGUCAAUAUUAUCUGUGACCGUUUGAGAGAAGAACUCAUUAAAAAGGAUUCAAUCAAAUUUAAUUUACCAAUCCUUACAACCUAUGUCAAGAAAUCACCACCAGAAUAUGAUCAAGUAUUGAGAAAGGUACAAUCAUUGCGUGGAGAAGAGAUUACAGAACAUGGUGAAACCAUCGUCAACCGUCUUGCCGAGGAAUCACUCGACUAUAUCGUCUUUUUGGUCGAUGUCAACAAGUUGUACGACGUUGCUUUGGGCACAUACGACUUUGAAUUGGUCAUUAUGGUUGCACAAAAAUCACAAAAGGAUCCAAAAGAGUAUAUGGCAUUCCUCACUCAACUCCAAUCGAUGGAACCAAACUACCAGAAAUACGCAAUCGACUGUCACCUCGAGCGUUGGUCACUUGCACUCCAACAUCUUGCUGCCACUGGUCCAGAACACUUUGAUCAGUGUCUAGAGUUGAUUGGCAACCACCAACUCUACCAAGAGGGUGUACGUCUCUUUGCAGGCAAGCCCGACCAACUCAAACGCAUCCAAGACGCAUUUGGAGAUUAUUUGGUCAGCACCAACAAGAAUGUCGAAGCUGCCUAUGUAUACAAUGCCGCCGGACAAGAUAAAAAGGCAUUGCAAGCAUUCAAGGAAGGUGGUGUCUUUAACAUGGCUGUUUUGGUCGCCAAACGACUCGGACUCUCUGCUCUAGACCUCGCUCAAAUGUCCAAUGAAAUGGCCGAUUUCAAGAGACGUGCUUCAUUCUAUCAAGAAGCAUCUGCCAUCUAUGCAUCGGCGCAUUGCAAUCACGACUAUGAAAAUGCAAUCAAUACUCUUUGUGAGGGUGGUUUUUGGACAGAUGCCUAUGCAUUGGCUGUUGAAUCCAACCAUGUCGCAUUGCUAGACUCUAGCAUUCUCAUACAACUACAAACCGCUGCAGAGACCACCGAAGAGGAACUCCAAGAAUCACUUGACACUUACAAGAAGCAGUUUGUACGUUUGGGUAUUGUCCGUACCACCAAGCUCAACCACGUUCCACUCCGUUUACCAGGCGGUGGAGGUAGUGGUAUGGGUGACGACACCACCUCUAUGAUGUCGGGUAUGUCUGGCAUGUUUAGUGAGCAUUCUGGUAUGUCUGGUAUGUCGGGCAUGUCGGCCAACACUGCUGUCACCACCUCUUCCUACCGUUCCACCUACUCUUCGGCAACCGGCACCUUUUCACAGGCCACCAGAGUCAGAAACAAGCCUAAAAAGGAAGGUCGUAAAAAGAUCAACAAGAUUCGUGUCAAGGGCAAAGAGGGUAGUAUCUAUGAAGAAGAGUUCUUGGUUGACGCUAUGAAAAAGACCAUCCCCACAGCAAGCAAGCAAGAACUUAUCAACCAACUCCUUAGAGGUUUAGUACUUUUCAAUAUGACCUCUGAAGCUCAACAUAUAGAGAAAUUGUUUGGUGAUUUAAUCAUUGUCAUUGACGAAUCUCUCAACCUCCUUUCUCAAUCGGCCACUGCCAUUCAUCCAGACAAUGUCAAAGAAGAACAAAGAAUCCAAGAUAUCGAAUACCAACAUCAACAAAGACUUUCAAAUCCACUUCUCAAUGAAUUACAUCAUCAACAUCAACAACAAUCAAAUCAACAACAACAUACUUUGGAAAAAUCAACGAUUCACAAAAUCACAAUCACUAGAGAUAAUAUUAAUUGGGCUCUUGAUGAGGUUUUAAUGGAUUUGAAUGGCGAAUGGAUAAAUGUAGCCACAUGUGUAGUACACAUAGAUACUAGGCGAAAAAAAAAUACUCGUGGUGGAAAACAAUAA